CAGAAUUCCUUUUUAAAACCUUUAUGAAGGUAAUGGCAAGGACUCUGGAAAGAUUUCUGGUCGUAUAGUUGAUUCAGACAUGCAUGAUGUUGGGCGUUUUCUUAACCGGCUGUUAGGUCUGCCACCUGAAAUCCAAAACAGGCUCUUUGAGUUAUUUGUCAGCAUUCUAGAUCUUAUCAUUCAGAAAGCUCGUAUGGAAGGAAAUUUAGACUCUGGGAUUGUUGACAUGAAAGCUAACAGUGUUGAACUUCAAGGGACUCCUAAGACCGUUCAUGUUGACAGUAUGUCUGGGGCAUCAACCAUAUUGUUUACUUUUACACUUGACCGUGGAUUCAGUUGGGAGCAUGCUUCUGCAUUGCUCGAAGACAAGCGGAAAGAUGAGUCGGGUUCAACUGUAAUUGGAUUUUAUGAAUCAAAGAGAGAAUGGCUGGGACGACGUCAUUUUUUAUUGGCAUUGGAAGGUUCUUUUUCUGGAACCUACAAGCUAUUCCGUCCUACUCUUGGAGAGGCCCUGAGGGAAAUGCCGCUUUCUGAAUUGCAAGACAAGUACAGGAGAGUAUCUAGUUUAGAUAAGGCUCGAGCUGGCUGGGAGGAUGAAUACGAUGUUUCAUCGAAGCAGUGCAUGCAUGGUCCAAAAUGUAAAUUGGGCAAUUAUUGUACUGUUGGCAGACGACUACAGGAAGUGAAUGUCUUGGGUGGCCUUGUACUUCCUGUGUGGGGAACAAUCGAAAAGGCUCUUUCGAAGCAGGCACGCCUCAGCCAUAGACGUAUCCGUGUUGUGCGGAUUGAGACUACAAUGGACAAACAGCGGAUUGUUGGGUUGCUCAUUCCAAAUGCAGCUGUGGAAUCCGUACUCCAAGAUUUGGCCUGGGUGCAUGAUAUUGAGGAUUGAGUGAAACGCGGAUAUUAUUGUUGAAAGAAGCCGUGCAGGAUUGGUCUGUAGUUGCUAGUGAAGAACCCUACCUAUUUCGGACUAAAAGUGCACAAGGCAUUUACAUUAGAUCAACCAACCGCAUGCCUGCUGAUUCAUACAAUUGUUGAUAUCAUAUUUUUUUUGGGGGGCCGGUUUUUUACCUGUGUUAAUUUUGUAAAGCAUAGCUCAUAAUAAUAAUAAUAAUAUUAU